AUGCGCCUUUCAUUUCUGAAGUUUGAUAUUCAUAUCCGAACCACCCGGCCUUGGGCAUUCUCAGUAAACGAUAUGCAUCACGGUGGUACUGGUUUUGUGGCGCUCGCCGCAGCGGCCUCUACUCUUCUUGAUGGCGCCUUUGCCUCUCCCGACAACAAAAUCCCCGAGCAAUGGAGAAAGUCCAUUCCAGAGGCUUGGGACCAUACAAUGGCCCGCUCCUACCUUGGCUCUGGGCUCAAUAUUUCUGGUACCAGCAACUGGGCUCUCGACCAAAUCAUGGACGGGCAAGGAACCAUCAACAUAUGCCUGAGAUGGGGCGCCAACAAGGCCUUGACGCGGGACAACCGUGAAAGCUUCGAGGUUGUAUACAAGCAGAGCUUCCAGGUUUGGCUCAAGUGGCUGCCCGGCUGGGACAAUUUCCCGUUUGACAGCGUCGACAUCAAAACUGCACAUUGGGCCGUGGGCGACAGGGCCCUCAUCGAGGGUCCUACGUCCGGAUUCGAAGUCCACGCCGGCUCCAAGGACGAUGAGGGCCGCCCGACCUGUAACCCAGGUUGCUCUCGCGAGCUGCAUCAGGACGGGGACUAUAGCGAGUGCCCCGGAGGUGCUGAUAAUCGCUUCCAUCAGUUUAUACUGCUGAACCCCGCCUGGGGCGAGUUCAACAUGGGUGCCGCGUCAUCGUUUGGUGUCGAUCUGAGCCUGCACGGCUGGUAG